AUGCUUCAUGUCGUUGCCUUCAUAACUUUGGUUUCAAUGGUGCUUGCAGGUUCCAUUCCUUCAAUAAAAUCACUGGAAUCAUUAAUUGAUAGAUGCAGUUUAUGUGAACAAAUGGCAAAUGAUAUUAAACAAAAGUAUGACGAUUCAUUUGAUAAUGUUGGCGCAGAGGAAAUUGCUGAAGAUUUACGACAAGAAUGUGCGAAACUUAUAGAAUCGCAUUUUCUUGAACAAAUUUGUGAGGUGACUGUUACAAGCUUAGCUUCGCCGUUCCUGAAAAAAUUAAAAGAAGGUGAAAGUACUCAUAAUAUUUGCGUAUUUGCAAGAUUCUGUCGCGAUUAA